CGAUUUGCUCAGGAUUUCCUCCUUCUUAGUAGUUUAAACUCUGUACGAUCAGGUCAAAGGUCAUCCCCCCCGGCAGAUGUAGAUUUAAAAUCGUUUUUAUUCAGUCAAGAAGUUUGUUCUGAAAAUAAAUCAGAUUGGCAUCUUUCAAAAGAGAAUAAAACAACGUAAAAGGAGAAUGAAGUUAAAAAAUGAUUUGUUGAGUGGAAUAUUGCGUGUCAAAAAGAAUAAAAUCUUUGAGAAGUCUUUAAGGUAGGUCUAAAAAUCAACCACUGUCCUCUUUUGCUCUCCUAUGAAAGAGGUUUGACUGACAGACCAGCCCACAAGGUCAUGUCUGCACAUUUUCAGCUAGAAAUAGUCACACCACUGUUACCAACAUUUCAGACAAAAUUAUUUUAUCGUCCAAAAACAGAAUUGGCAGGUCAAGCUUAAAGAUUGGUAAUCGACGCACACCUACAAAUGAUGCUUAAUUUUUGUAUUUUUUGCUUUUAAUCCACUAGUUUGUUUAAACGCAAUCAUGUUUUUUUUAUUUAAAGAGGCACAGCGUCCUCAAUGUGCUUUAAUGGUGACCACAAUAAAGUCUUAUAGGACACAUGUUCCAAAUUUCCUUUUGAACAGUUAAAACAGGGGAAUAAAUCAUUUAAAAUAAUGUGUGAAACUGCAUUCAUAAAGUUCUAUUAUAUUAUCAUGUAAUAGAGUAGAUCUUUCUUCACUUAAAAUUUUAUGUUAUGCAAUAAAAACAAAGAUUCAUUAAAAAUAUAUACGUAUAUAUAUAUAAAUAAAUAAUGGAUUUUUAGGAUAAUGUGUUAGUUGGAAUAAUGGUUAAAUAUGAAAUUUUGCUUCUUGCGUCCACUCCAGCAGUCGAUGGGGGAGCGUCAGGGUCAGCACUGGAAAGUUCACCAGUCCAUCACUGGACUUUAUUGCCCAGACAGUCCUGUACUUGAUCCUACAUCGUUUGAGAUUACGAUGUAGGUUAGCACCUUUUCUGAUUUAAAAACGACAAUUAAUCUUUUUUGCCCUGGAAACACUGACCUAUCAACAACACCUCAAAGCGAGCGGUUUCCAUGACAUGCAGAGCUGUGAAAGCUAUCCAGGCACUCACAGAGAGCACAAAAUAACCUCAAACCUUUGUUAAAUUGUCCUUUUUUUUCUUCUGCUGUAAGAUUUUAGAGCUUGUUCCUCUCAUGUGUGACAUGUUGUGCCCUAUAGAAAUUCACAGAUUAUCUUAGCAUUGAAAGGUUGUAAAAGUUGCCCAGCAGAGGACAUCCGCAGCUUCGCAGUUACACAUAAAUAUAGCCUCAUGGUGCAUUUAGAGAACAUGCAGUCUGUUCAGAACGUGCUCAGAGUUUUGGUUAACCACAGGCUGACUCGAGAAAAGGGCAGGGUAUAAGUAGCUGCUGUGAGUUUUCUAAUGGAACCCUAAGUUGCUUUAGUUGUUAUGUGAAACGGGACAGAAGGGAAAAAUUUCUUCUCAGCAGCACGGGUCGUUGAUACAAUGUUGAAAUGUGGAAAAUUUGUCCCAUUAAUGCAGGAAAUCUCUUGGGGUUGUGUUGCAGAGACGAAAGUGAACUUCCUAUUUUAGCCCCGCUGGUAUUUUGAGCUCUUAAGCAACACGUUCUCUGCAAGAAGGAAAGAGGAGUUUAAGAGAGAAAAAACUGAAAAAUGUGCAGACAUUUCUGAGGAAACGAAGAAAGACAUGGCAGUGCAUGCUCCUGUUAACGGGACGACAGCAAUCCCAUGGAGAAGCAGCCGGCGGAGACUCUCGCUGCUGGAGAAACUCAGGGGCUGUCAGGACGCCUGGUGUCCCGGGGCCCCCUGGGACAGAGAGGGGGCCCACUCUGCUAUCCGUGGAGCACCAGCUGGGAGCUUCCUGAUUGUGCGAGACUCUGUGACGUCUCAGCCCUACCUACUGUGUGUGUCUGCAGGAGAUCAGGAUGGAGAAGUUCUCGAUUAUAAAAUGAACUGCAAGGGAACAGCCUUCCAGCUCUCUGAGUCUCGUCUGUCUUUCUCUGAUUUGCCUCAGCUGGUGCUCUUCUACUCUUUGACCAGGGAUGUGCUGGCUGUCUGCCUGUCCAUCCCCCGUUGGAUCUACAGUCCAACUGAGAUGAAUCAAGAUUGUCUCUCUGAGCUUGAACCUAAAAUGUGGUUGUCCACGCCACCUGAACAACAAGCAGAAGAAAUGCCCAACAAGGAGCCAAGCCAUGUAAUGUGCUCUAUUCAGCUGACUUCUGCCAAUGGCGCCCUGUGCAUCAUAAAUCCCCUCUACGUUCAUGAACAUGGAGAUGACUGGUUGACUCACCGGCCAGCGGCUUUACAGUUAUCAAAUGUCAGGCGAGAGCGACGCCUCAGCACCACCCGGACUUGGGCAGGGGCUGGGAUACAAAGCAAACGAGCCAUCUCACUGGACCAGGUAUCCAAGGCUGCCAGUACAGAGGGAUCAGGUCUGACCAGAGCCAGGUCCGCUGAUUCCCCUCUCAUCCCACAAACGCCAACAGAAGUUGUCCUCAGGAGGCCCAGCCGGGAUUUAACGUGUAGCAUCCCUCAAAGAGCGAGCACUGGGAGCCUUUCCACGCCCACCACACCAGGAACACCUGAGCAGCACCGCCACAGCAGCCCCGUACCUCAGUCUCCGCACAGGGUGUCCUGGAUUGAAGAUGGAGUUUGGUUGCCUCCACCCAGGCCUUCGUCUUUGCUCCAGCCCCCAUCGCUGGAGCUUGAUUCGCUGUCGAUCAGCAGCAUAGAGGAGGAGCAAGAGAGCCAACUAGCAGGCCCAGCGCCCCUCCACCCUUCAGCGCACCGCUUGGCUGGUAAGGUCAUCAACCGUCUGUCGGCUGUGGGCCAGGCACUCGGUGGUCUGGUGUCCCAGAAGAAGAGGUUGACUAAUCGGGUGGUGGAGAUGAGCGAGAAGAAAGGAAACGCCUUCGGAGAGGCAGUUAAAGGAUUUGUAGAGAUGACCCUCAAGGGAGGUUCUGACCCCACUGGGCCUAUGGGAGCAGAGUACCUACAGGAAGUGAGGUCAUCACUUUCCACGCUCAGGGAGAUCUUGUUGGAAUAUCCAGACAUUCAGGCCAUACUGGACAGCAUCACUGACUUAAAUGACUCUGAGAUCGACUCUCUGGUGGAGCUCACUCUUCACAAAGUGGCCUUAAAGCCCGUUUCCUCCCAUCUCUACUCCUGCAUUCACACCUCCAGGACCAAUGACGGCAGCUUUCAGCAUCUCCAGGGAAACUUCCUGUUGCUAGAAAAGAACGGAAUUGAAGAACUUGGUGGAUCAAAAGGAGUCGGAGUCCCUGAUUCUGUCACAUUGGAGAGAAUACAGCAGAGAUGGGUCAGUAUGCAUGAGACCUACUCCCCAAACAAGAAGAACCAGAUCCUCCUCAAGGUCUGCAAGAGCAUUUACCACAGCAUGAGCACUAAUGCUACUUCUAGUGCAGGUGCGGUGUUUGGAGCAGAUGAUUUCCUGCCUUGUUUGACCUGGGUGCUCCUCCGUAGCAACUUGGUCAGCUUACAGGUGGACACGGACUACAUGAUGGAGCUGCUGGACCCCACACAGCUACAGGGAGAAGGUGGCUACUAUCUUACAACUCUAUACGCCUCUCUCUUCUACAUCACUAGCUUUCAGCCGCGGCUGGCUGCCCGCCAGCUCAGUGUGGAGGCCCAACACUCUAUCAACCAAUGGCAUCGCAGACGCACGCUCCACUGCAACAAGUCCCGUCGCAGCGUGCACAGACGGACGAUUCGCAGGCAGACGGCCAAGCAGAACUUGGAGACAGAAACUGAGAGCAAGAGUGAAAGUGGGGGAGACAAUGAGCCUGAAAAUGCUGACGUUUCAGAGUGGCACACAGAAACCAGCGCGGAUGCUGAGUGGAGGCCAAGUGAGAACACAGAGUGUGAACAGGAACUAGGAGACCAGCCACAGACCACGGUGCAGACAGACUUUCAACCUGCGAAGCAGCAAGAGGUGAUGACCAGCGAACAGGAAGACAAGCUGAGUGUUUGCAUAGAAACAGAGGAGGCUAAAGACGAUUCUGAUGGAGACCUGAGAGAAGACCUGAGGUGACAGUAUGGGACAGUUUGUCAAAGUCUUUCCCCCUGGGUCAAACAAACCCUUCGUAAACCCACAUUAAUCGCUCCUCUAAAACAGCACCAUAGUAUCAUCUGCAUUCUUACAUCAAGAAAGUCCCUGAUGUGAGUCUUAGCUGAGGGGGUUCAGAGUGUUGCUUUCAUGUUUGGCCCAUGCCUCUGUGCGUUUCCGCUCUGUGUAUCGACUUUAUCUUCCUGUUUAGAUGGUGAUUCUAAUUUAACCUGUGUGCGUGUUUGUAUUAGACCUGGUGCACAACGCUUCUCGCUCUUUGAAACCGGACAUUAGGUUAACUUCUCCUCAACUCUGAACACUGAAAAGCAGAGUCAGCGAAUUAGACAGCGAUCUUAGAGUUUGUCAGUCAAUAUAGCCUUGCAAAAUUAUUCAUACGCCGUGAACUUUUUCGCAUUUUAUGACUUCACAACAAUGUAUAUGUCAUGCUUUGGGAUGGCCUGGUCACAGUUUAGAUGUAAAUCCAAAUGAGAAGCAAUGACAAGCUGUUUUGGCCAAAAUUUAAAAGAAAUUGUACAUAAGCAAAGAUGGUAGACAUCAUUUUUUGUUUUCAGACUGAAAAUUUUGAUUUCUCAGAAACAAAAGGAGAAAAAAAGAUUUUAAAACAAAUAAAUACAGUUUGGUUAAAAUGAAAUCCUGUUUUGGAUAUUUCCCAGUGGGACCACUGACAGGUGACCUGAGAUGGAGUUAUCUAAUAUGUCAGUUAAGCUUCUAUCAUUUUUAUAUGCAAAUGCAUAUAAUAUUAAAUAAAUUUCUGUGAUCAGAUUAAAGUUAUACACUGAUGUGCUAUUGCUAUUUCCUUUCAAAUAGGCAACUGCUUCCAGCUAGAAGCAUCACUAGCUUGUUUCUUUAUCACUGUACCUCAAACAAAUUGUUGCCAGUGGGGGUUUGUUAUAGGUCAGUAAUAUUUAACUGAGAUUUCUGUCUUCAAGAUUAUAUCUGUGUAGCACACACAAGUUUUUAUUUAUCAGAGAGCUAUAAUGUUCAAUGGAUGUGUAGCACUGCUUGCUUUUAAAUAAAGAUCCCUUCUCCUUCUCCUUGCUAACCUG